CCCUUGGUCAGUUGGAAUCGAAUUUUAGAAACAGUCAAGCGGUCUGACUUUACACAUCUUAGUAUAACAAUUGUCUAUGCGAAAGUUUUUUGAUCAAUAGUUAAGCAAUGCCGAAGCCCACAAGAAUAGCUUCAGUGCUGUUCACUGUAAAAUCGAGUAACUUGUCGGUGGUCCCCGAAGAUGAGGACUUCGGGGAUAUGGAGGAAGGUGCUGGGCUGAAAAGUAACAGCAGCCUGAACACAAACUUAACACGAGUUCAAACUUUAAUUUUGGACUACAAGCAGUUUAGGGCAGCUCGCACUAUUCAGCGCUAUGCUCGAGGCUGGAUAGUUCGCAGUCGUCAUAGAAAACUCGAGCAGUCUGCGAUCGUAAUUCAGAAGUGGUGGCGUCGUUUCCAGGCCCAGAGGAAUUUGCUUUUCGUGGUCGAAAAGGCAUUGCAAGCGGCUAUAAUGGCCCAUUACCAAAGAGCUGCCAUCCUGAUUCAGACCCUCUAUCGCGGCUGGUGGUCGCGAAAGCACAUCUUCGAUCUUACUGUUCUGAAGAGCCUGCAGAACACUCUGGCCAAGGACCUCAUACACACUUUGGUCAAGGACUUGCACUCGUCCAAGAAAUCUGACCUGCUGCCUGGCGUUUACACGAUACGAGAUUCGCGCAUUUGCCUAAAAACAUUGGAACAGCUGAUGGCAACAUUCGGAUAUCGGUAUUAUAACGCCCAGGCCUGCUAUAAAAUGAACAAAUCUUUGGCGACGGUGGCCCAGGGACGAAAGACAUUCAAGGCAUCUGAAUAUUUGACUGAUAUACCUUAUGCCGGAUUUAAUGACCGCGGCUUUUGUGUAAAUAAGCAAGUCUCCAGUCCGAGCCUAAAUCCAAGAGAUAAUGAUCAUUUUGAGUUGAUUCGCACUUUUCUGGCCGGCUACCGAAAAAUGGACAUGUCAAUAACGGCUAAGAUCGAACAAAAAGCCAUCAAUGCUGCUGAAGAACUUCGUUUAGAAAAAAUUAGACAGAGGGACAACAAAAAGAAGAGUUUUGUGAAGCGCAUUUUCCUUGACAUGAAAAACUGGCACAAUCCGAAUGGGGAGCCAUUUAUUCCCAGCUUCAUUUUCAAGAAAAAUGACAUGGUUGCAGUUCUGGAUAAUGCCAAAAAGGCCCUGGAAGCUGUGUUUGGUCAACUGGAGCCCUGUGUUUGUCCCACAACCGAUGACUUAGACCACCUUGCCAACCCGCAAUAGUUAUUCUCAACUUUGUAUAUUUUCUAUGCCUGAAAUAUAUAAUUGUAACGCUGUGAAAGAUAAAUUAUUCCAAAAUAAACGAACAGUUAAAUUUAA